UAUCAGAGUGGAAAUAGGAUGUAAGUUGUGAUGUUUAUGUUUUAGAUAACAGGAUUUUACUUAAUUACUUCUCAGAAAUGAUACACAAUAAUUUAUCAAAACAUAUUGUCAUUGUUGUUUUUUUGUAGAAAAAAAAUAAAUGUUAGAUAAACUAUGACAUCAUGUACUGAUAGGAAAGCAUUGAAAAACAAAGUAUUGAAGAUGCAGUAUGAAGUAUGACAUUAUCUAUGCUUAUCAACAUAUAAACAAAUAAACAAGAUUUGACUAUAGACGUUGAAACAAUUGUUUUGGAAAAUACAAACAAGAAUUAUACUGUGUCAGAUGACAUUCAGGCAAAAUGAAAGCUGUUUAGAAAACAUCCUUCUGUUGUGUUGUGGACUUUGAAAACACAAACACAAAUAAUUAUGGUACAUGACAUUUGGGAAAAGUGAAGCUGUUAUGAAAACAUUCUAGUGUUGUGUUGGUUUGACUGUUAGACUAUCAGUGACUGGUACAAGGUGUUGUGUGGCUUUAUUUUUGUUUGUGGUAAGACAAUUUACAAUCAGUGGACACCAUGUUGGGAACGAUGUGCAUUAUUCUGGAGGAAAACAAUAACCAUGGGCAUGAGUGUUACAGUGAUGGCGAGGUGGAUGGUUCGGUGAAACUGCGACGGGAGUCAAGGACGGGUCGUCUACGGCACGCACUCUCGGAGGUUCUACCCGCAGAUGACACUCGCAGGCGGAGUCACACAAUGACCGAGGCCAAGGAGUACGCAUACGGUCGACUGCAAGAGGAGCUAAAUAUAGCACAGUCGGAGCUCAAGUUGAAGGAUGAAGAGUGUGCCAAGCUGCUGAAAGUUAGAGACCAGAUUGGAGAAGAGUUGGAGGAACUCACUGCCUGUCUCUUUGAGGAGGCCAAUAACAUGGUGCAGGAUGCAAACAUCAAACGCAUGCACACCGAGAAACUGCUGCAAGAGGCCAGUCAUCAGGUGGAGGUGUUGCAGGCCGAGGUGGUAGCUCUCAAGCAGCUGGUUCUCACAUCGACUCCCAGCUCGCCCAACAAGCACCUGCACCCCCAGAUAGCCAACGGGGAACCGGGUUCCAAGGACAAGAAAGAGAAGAAGGACAAGGGGCUCAAGCCGUUCUGGAAAACUCACCGCAGGUCCACAAGUCACCAUCAGUUCACUCAGGAAGACCGAUCAAUUGCCGAGGCUCAACAUGAGGCCAUGACCGACCGAUGUACAGAGAUGGAUGAGGUAUGUUUUGAGGAGUUCUGUUCCUGGCGUCAGACCCCCACCAUGUCUAGGAACUGCCCCUUCAUUGCCCGCAUCGCUGCUGAGGACAUCUGCACCUGUCUGAACUUCUCCAACACUCAUUUGGCAGAGAGGGUGCUUACGUGCGUGGAGAACAACUCCCUUGCCAUAGAACCUAUGGCGGGAGACACCCCGUAUACAGGGAAAUGUCAGUUAACCCAGGUUGCCAAAGUGUGUAAAUAUAAAGUGAAACUGGGAGAUGAUGCCACCUGGUACUGUAUCUCUCAACAUUGUAGAAACAGGAUCACCGCAGUUUGUGAUUUCUUCAGCUAUGUCAGGUACAUACAACAAGGAUUGGUGAAAAAUGCAGAUAAAGAUGUGUUCUAUGAAAUCGUAAAAUUACGAAAACAAAUGGCCUUGGCGAGACUGGGUUAUGUUUGAGACACGGUUGUGUGGACACAAAAUGUGUAUCAGCUGUGAUGACUGAAUUUUCUAUAAGACUAAAGUCGAGCAGAGAUGUGUAUGGUUUGAGUUUGUUCAAGACACAAAAGUUGUUACCCUAGAUGGGAGUAAUACACUUGCCUCCCUUAGUGCACACAUGGAUGGAUGUCAUAGGAAUGUAAUGCUUGCCACAGUUUUUAAAGGGACUUUACUCUGUGGAGAUAAUAUAAAUGGAUUGAUUUCUUAAAAAUGUAAUACCUGCCACAGUUUUACACUGUAAUUCAAGAGCAUAACCUUGAACAGUGUUGCUUUUUGCUAUGGGAACCAACAACACUUCUAUUUAUAUUUAACAUGUCUGCAACUAGGUUCGAAAUUCUGUGGUAAAAAACUAGUUCAAUAUAUGGACAGAUUCAUAUUUAUUUCAGGUCAUUUAGUUGAAAAAUGAUCUUAUGUAGAGAUUAUGGAUAAUUUGAAAUCAAAAUUGUAAUAAUCAUAAUUGAAAUGUUGUUGAAUUUUAACAGAUACACACAUAUAUUGUAAUGCUUUGCAGUGCAUUUGCUCAGAUGCUUUGUUAAUAUUUUAGUAUUUUAUCAUAAAGUCACUUGUUUUGGUGUUUUUGUUCACUUGUUUUUAUAGUUUUGUCAAGACUGGUGUGUUUUAUUUAGUUUUUAAAGCCAUCAUUUACUCAAGAAACCAAAUAGGUGCCUUAAUGAAUGGAAUUGGAAACAUUCACUUUUAAAUUGUCAAGUUUAUUGCAUUAAAUCUUGACACCAAACACUUGAGUUUAAUACCAUUUUACUUUUGUAUGGAAAACAGGAACAGGAAAAUGUCCCCUUUUGAAUAAUCAGUUUCUGAUAAGUAUGGCGCUUACCUGUGGAAUAUUGCAAGAAUUUCAUCUAAUAAUGUUUCAUUUUCCUGUAUGAUUUAAAGGACAACCUAGAGUUACUUUUUUCAUCAAUAAUGGUAUAUAUUCUAUGUGCGAGCCAGUCUCUGGGAAUACCUUAUGCAUUUGAGGGAAGCAUUUUCUAAGAUAAGCCUGUGCAGUCUGCACAGCUAAUCAGGGACAACACUUUCUGCAUAGAUUGGAAUUUCUUUUAUAAGAGACUUCCUGUAAAACGAAAAAUUACACAAACACGGAAAGUGUUUAGCCUGUGUGGACUGCACAGGCUGAUAUUGAACAAUACUUCAUACACAUUCAUCAUGCCCAGUUUUCCCAGAUGGCGGAUCUACGAUGUGCUAUGCUUUUUUAAUCAGAAUAUAUACAUGAAACAUGGACCAUAAUUAUACAUUGUAGACAAUGGGUUGUGCUUUUGUAUUCAAUGUUAUUGCAUCUUGCAGCUUGGUUGACACUAUACUGGAAAUGUACUUGUUGCUUACACCAGCUGGGUUUUCUAUUCCUUAACCUGACAGUGGUAGCAGCAUGUUUUAAUUUGUGCAGAUAACUAACAUAGAUUGAAGUUUGAGUAAAAAAAGUAAAAUUCGAUUCAGAAAAGAAUAUGAUACAAAACUAAAGUAAUACAUGUGUGUGCAUUUGUCUUUGUUAAUUGUUUUAACGGUUCAGUUAAUCAGCCUUGUUUAGACCUAUUAAGGGAUCAUAAAUUGUUUAGAUCAUUAUGUAAUUUGGUUGACUUUGAAAAUUAUUUUUACUGUGAAAGUAAUUUUAUAACAGCUGGUAGUAAUUAUUUACUUUGAGUUAUUACAAAUAUGUUAAUGUCUUAAAAUUCAUAAAUUUAGUGUAUUACUAAAGGCAUGGGACUUCUUUUAAUCAAUAGAAAUGUUUUGAAUUGUUUUGAAUACUAAUGCAAGUGCUUCAUAUAUAAUUCUACAAAUUUGUAAUCAUUAACAUUUUGAAGUAAACAUGAUGAGAUAAAUAUAAUGCCUUUUCUAGUAAAGUGUUGAACAUAGAGUCUUGCUUGCCCUGGGCAUUUCUUUGAUACCUCUAGUGGACGCUUGCCUGAUACUGUGUAUUUGCUGUUAGAUGGUUCUUGUAUGAAACUACAGAGACUUGCAGCUCAACAUACAUCAUUUUUAUGCCCCCUUAUGCCCCCGGUAGGGUGGCAGAAAGCAGUUGAACUGUCAGUCCGUCCAUCUGUCUGUCUGUCUGUCUGUCCCAAAACUUUAACAUUGGCCAUAACUUUUUCAAUAUUGAAUAUAGAAACUUGAUAUUUGGCAUGCAUGUGUAUCUCACGAAGCUGCACAUUUUUAGUGGUGAAAGAUCAAGGUCAUCCUUCAAGGUCAAAGGUAAAAAAAAUACAAUCCAAGGGAAGUAAUAAGCUUUAAAAGGGAGAUAAUUUCUAAACCUGCCAAAUGAUAUAUUGAAAUUUUUUUUCAAAGCGGCGCAAUAGGGGGCAUUGUGUUUCUGACAAACACAUCUCUUGUUUGUAUAUAUUACAGUCUAUAUUUUUCUAUCUGUGUUAUUUCAAACUCAACUUAUUUCCAAAUAUUCUAUUAAAAAUGAUAUGAUUUAGGAUAGUUUUCCAAUAUUCAGAUAUAUAUGUAGAUAAAAAAUUUUUUUCACUCUACACUUGAUAUUUGCAUACUUGCCAGUCUAUUUUAUGUAAAUGUGUUGUGCUUGCUGCCUGAACUAUUCCUAGACAGAGUAUUGAAGUUGUUUUCAAAUGAGCUGCGCUCUCUGAAAACUGGACACAACGCAUGCCUGUAAAGUAUUGUCUCAGAUGAGCCAAUUAAGUCUGCUUUUAUGGAAUUUUUAGUUUAAAGGAAUUCUCUUUCACAUGAAGAUCCUGUCAACUCAAAAUGUGUGAUCACAAAUCAGUCAGUGCAAGCUAAUCUGGGAUGGUUCUUAACGCACAUGCAUAAACCCUGGUUUAAAUAGAGCAGGGCUCAAAUGUAUUUUGUUGUGUUGUGAAAUUGAUCUGAUUGUUUUUACGCUACAUUGGUGUUCUAAGAGUGUAUAUUUUCACGUGAAAUAAGGUUCCUUGUUAACAAAUCUUAUAAUCUAUAUUUUUUAGAUGUUAUAUGUGACAUUAAUUAACAUCAAUGUGUGGACCUAUAUAAUAUUUGUAUAAUUUAGUAUUUUAUAUAGAUUAUUCAUAUUUCUGAUUUUUACACACCGAGUUUGUUUAACAAAUACGAACUAAUUUUCAAUAGUUAUAACUUAUUAUUGUCCUUUUGAAUGGAUUAUACUUGAAAAUGUAAUGGUAUGUCAAUAAUCUGUGAUGAAUAAUGAUUGAAGAUGAAUAAUGAUUGAUGAUGAGUAAUGAUUGAUUGAUAAUGAAUAAUGAUUGAUAAUGAUUGAUUAUGAAUAGUGAUUUUUGAUGAAUAAUGAUUGAUGAUGAAUAAUGAUUGAUUAUGAAUAAUGAUUGAUGAUGAAUAAUGAUUUAUGAUGAAUAAUGAUUUAUGAUGAAUAGAUAUUGAUGAUGUUUGAUGAUGAAUCAUGAUUUAUUCUCAUUCGUAUUACAUACACAUUACAACUUAUAUACAAAAAUGACCAAUUAUUUAAUAAUGAAGUAAACUGCCUGUAAUAUGCACAAUAAUUAAUAAAACAUUAUAUGUUUUAACUUUCAUAAUGACACGAUGAUGUAUUGAAUGCGAAAAUAUGUCUAAUAUUGGAGGGGUAUUUUCAAUAGGAAACAUUUAUAUAUUUUUGCGCCUGUAAAACUUUGUUUCUAUUAUAGAUUUUGUCACUUACGGCUUAAUAUGUUAAGUCAAAGCUUAGUGUUUACUGUUUUUAAUAACACUAUGCGUGAUGAGAGAAAUAUGAAAAUCAUUUUUGUCAUAAACUUGUUGAUGUGCUGGUGUUAUAUCAGACUGAUCAUAUUAGCCUCGUUAUGAGGGUAUUGGGCUUUAUGAAUGUGCGUAAAGUGUCAUCGCUUUCCGCUUUUAUGGAAUUUGUGUUUAUAGGAUGUCUUUUAGAAAAAAAUCCAGUCAAGGCAGGAAGUGUCGUCCCUGAUUAGCCUAUGCGGACAGGGGGCUCUCAUUAACUACUACCAAGAUACGCAAGGCUCUCGUUCUUGCCGGUCAGAGGACAACGAACAUGGCUCAGAACCUUAUUGCGUGCUGUUAGUCCCCAUGUUAGUAAUGUGAUUAAAAAAAACAUGAAAUAAAUAUAUUUUCGUGCUCGCUGGACUCGUGUUGCGGAUACGUAUUGUAAAUAGACUAUGCGCGAUUUGUUUUUAUCUACUCGCAUUUUCCUUUGAUGAUAACUUGUCAUAAAGUGUUUGAAAUAAAAUGUUUAAAACCUUGAA